GAGCUGGAGACACGGCAGAUGCAUUUGCAGGAGCAGAGUUGGGGGUUUUUCUCUCGUCCUCCCGUCUCUCUUUUGUCGUAUCGGUACAGAUAGAAAUCUGAUGCAUGUUGGCAGGGACCACCACCCGCACCACCGUCUCACUGGAAGCCUCUCAUCCCCAUCCUGUGUUCGGAGCUGGAUCCAGAGCAGGUUGUGCGGCAGGCUAACAGCGGGCUAGCGGGGGGCUGCAAGGCUCUGUGGCAGCGAGAAGAGGAGGGGGAAAAAGGAGGAGGGGCUGUGGUGAGCUGGUGGGCUUCCUCUGCCUCACAGACACAUUUUAUUGACUUGCUAAUUGGAUGAGGCACUCGGAGGAGAGGAUGCGGUGACCGAGAGGAGCUGCUCUCCAGAGGAGGGAUACAGGCAGAAGGAAGCUUUGCUCGGGCUGCGUAAAUCUGGCUACUACAUCUCUUUUCCUUUUUUUCUUUCAUUUUCUGGAGACAUAACAACAGAUGUUUUUCAGCAUCUCGCAGUGACCCUCACACCGUGCAUACAUCAUUUUAUGCAUGACAUUGUCGUAUGGAGGCUCCAGCUGCCAGACGCUUCGUGACAAGUGAAUGAUUUCCAUUUAUACGUUGUUGCACCCUGUUCCUUUUCACCAGUUUUCUUUCUCUCGUAUCAGCUGGAGCUCAAUUCUUGUCAGCCCUUUGAUGUGCCGUUUGAUAUUAAUGGUAAUCUGAUGGCAAGAUACAUUCUUCAUCAAAUCGAAUGUACGAGGAACUGUUCAAUGGAUAUUCUUCAGCAAAAAUGAAGUCUUGUCCCGGUUGCCAUGACUGAGGUGUGCAGGUCUGGCUGAUUGCAGGUGCCACUGCGCUGAAGUCUGUUGUCCCAAUGAGCAAGGCAGCCAACCCACAGAAACGCACCACCUACCUCAUCUCCCUCACUCUGGUGAAGGUUGAGGCCGUGCCAGAGGAUGUAGAAGGGAACCAGACGGAGGCUCUCCCAGAGGGGGAAGGGAGCCCUAAGAAAGAGGAUGAGCAGGAGGAGGAGGUGAGCAAUGCCCCUGAACGGGAGGAAGAACCCGUGUGCAUACAAGUGGGGGAAGAGGAGAGCACACAGAGGGGAGAAGAGGUGGAACAGGUGCAGCAUGUCAAAUAUGGCAGUCCCAUCGAGAACUGGGGAAGGCUUGAGAGGAGGGAACCUCAGAGAGACAUGGUAUCAGUCGGUAAAAGCAGAGACACUUCUUUUGUACAUCCACCUCUUAGGCAAAUGGUCAAAGUGUAUGGAGGGACUACCUCUGAGGGAACAGUGCGCAGAGAGGGUCCCCGCUCAGAGGCCAUGCGCCCUAAAACUGAACUCUACAGAGAGCCCCCCAAUCUGUUCCUGAAGGGGGAAAAUGGAGCAGACCUGAGCAGUCGCUCUCGUUGCAGCCUCCCUUUUUCCAUCCCGCCGCAGGUCAGCCAGCGUCCUGAGGUCCUGAUGAGGUCACAUGCAGGAGGAAACUCUUCUGGGUGGAGGGAACUCAGAGAAGCCAACGCAGGCCUGUAUCACUCUGCUAGGACUUUGGAUCGGAGGGAUAACCGGUUCGGGGACCAGUCUCCUCUAAUGGCAGCUACAACUCUGGGGCCUUACAGGGCGUCCUGGGCUGACAGCGACGGGAGGGGCACGCUCAUCCGCCCCGGAGCCCCUGUCAGCGGGGGGUUUUCAGGCAUCAUGGCCAGGGACAGUCCUCAGGGGGAGAGGUUUAAAACAGUGUCUGUUUCCCUGCCUACACCUGUAGCCCCCGACAUGUCCAGGCUUCAGAGGAAAGGUCCGAGUCGCACCGUGGACAACAGCGACCUGCACUCCCCCUCUGAGGACCUGAAAAGGGGGAAGGAGGGCCAGGGAGGGACAAUCCAGCGCGCUCCUCCGAAAGACCGAAAGAUGCUCAAGUUCAUAAGUGGCAUUUUCACUAAAAGUACAGCGGCAGCCAGCGUCAGCACCACACCCCCCCUCCAUCCAGCUGUAGAGAGGGGCUCCAGUGAGGAAGACGCUGCAUGCACCAGCAGUCAAGAAUGGACCAUGAGCCAAACUAUACAAGAGCUUCAUCUGGGUGUUUUGGGAGGUCUGUGCAGUGGGAAGUCCGCUCUUGUCCACAGACAUAUGACUGGCAGUUACCUUCAGAUGGAGAACACUGAGGGGCGCCAGUGCAUUAAGGACGUCCUGGUUGAUGGACAGAGCCACUUGAUGAUUAUCAGAGAGGAGACAGAACUCCCAGAUGCUCAGUUUGCAUGUUGGGUGGAUGCAGUAAUCUUGGUCUUCAGUUUGGAAAAUGAGGCCAGCUUCCAGGAAGUUUACAGAAUCUACCACCAGCUCGCUAUGCACCGGCCCGUUUCUGAGAUAGCUUUCAUCGUAGUCGGUACUCAGGAUAAAAUCAGCAGCACCAACCCCAGAGUCAUCGAUGAUGCCAGGGCCAGACAGCUCUGCUCUGAUGUGCGGCGCUGCACGUACUAUGAAACCUGUGCGACGUACGGCCUCAAUGUCAACAGAGUCUUCACUGAUGCUGCUCAGAAGAUCAUGGCAGCCAAGAAGCAAGCUGCCCUCCUGGCUUCCUGUAAAUCUCUCCCUAACUCUCCCAGUCACUCCGGAGGCUCCACCCCAGUGUCGGGGGUCUUCCCAGGACAGGCCAGUAAUGGUGGUCAGAGCAGCGACUACUCCUCAUCACUUCCCUCCACUCCUGUGAUCAGUCAUAAAGAGAUUGGAAAAACUUUGAGAGGCGAAAAGCAGGACAGUGCCACGCCUGGAUCUGUCCGCAGUGCCACCCGGAGACGCACCCCCAGAUUUGCGGGUCGGAGAGGCAGUGACUCAAACAGGAGGAGUGCAGAGUGUAAGGGAGAUCUGGGCAGUGGACGCUUCAUUCCCAUCAAACAGGGCAUCUUGCUGAAGCGCAGCGGGAACUCGCUCAACAAAGAGUGGAAGAAGAAGUAUGUCACGCUGUCCAACGACGGCAUACUGUCCUAUCACUCCAGUGUCAAUGACUACAUGCUGAACGCCCCCGGGAAGGAGAUGGACCUGCUGCGCGUCACAGUGAAGGUGCCAGGGAAACGGCCGCCUCGUGCUGUACCUGCCGGGGGGCUUCCAGUCGGGCUCAAUGGACGCGUCAAAGAUGUGCCGGGUCCCGAGGGUCUCAGCCCAGUCCCUGUGAGCGCCAGCAGCCUCCUGCAAGUGGAGGAGAUGGAAGGACUCGGAGGUGCACUGUUCCUGAGGAGCAACAGAGGCGUGCAGCGGUGUCCCUCCACACUGUCUAACAACGCUCAAAGUGUUGACUCUGCAGUAGAGGGUGUGUCCAGCUCCUCCUCCACCAAAGACGUAGGCUCCUCCUCCCCGCUGACGGACAGGAAGAAGCAUCGCAGGAAGAAGAGCAUUAACCAGAAAGGAGACGCAACCAUUGGCCCAGCAGAUGCCAAGCGCAAAAUGUGGAAACUGAAAAGCUUUGGUAGCUUAAGAAACGUAAGCAAGACAGAUGAGGAUAACUUUGACUUCCUCAUCGUGUCGAGCACCGGCCAGACGUGGCACUUUGAAGCUCAGAGUGUGGAGGAGAGGGACUCCUGGGUCGCAGCCAUCGAGAGUCAGAUCCUGGCAAGCCUGCAGCUGUGUGAGAGCAGCAAAAACAAGGCCCGCAGGAACAGCCUGAGCGAAGCAGUGGUUCUGCAGGCGAUCCGCAACGCAAAGGGGAACAACUUCUGUGUGGACUGUGAUGCUCCAAAUCCAACCUGGGCCAGUCUGAAUCUGGGCGCUCUCAUAUGCAUCGAGUGUUCAGGGAUCCACAGAAACUUGGGAACCCACCUGUCGCGUGUUCGCUCGUUGGAUCUCGAUGAUCUUCCACGAGAGCUCACGCUGGUUCUCAGUGCCAUCGGUAACCACAUGGUCAACAGUGUAUGGGAGGGGCGCACGCUAGGCCGUAAACCAGCACCUGAUGCUUCACGUGAGGAACGGGAGUCGUGGAUCAGGGCCAAAUAUGAGCAGAAACUCUUUGUGGCGCCGUUGCCCCCUCCCACUCCUGGCGAGGGUCCAGACAUCACACUAUCUGGCCGUCUCCUGCUGGCAGUGAUGGAGCACAAUCUCCCCAAGCUGCUGCUCCUGUUGGCCCACUGCUGUAAGGAGGACAUUAACGCUCCUCUCAGCCUGGCGCUCUCCUGCAGGUCGCUGCUAGCGCUGCGGCUGCCCGCCUCUGCCCUGCACGCUGCCUGUCAGCAGGCUGAUGUGGUAAUGACGCAGCUUCUUCUUUGGUACGGCUUUGAUGUCCGGUACCGGGAUGCUCAGGGCCACACCGCUCUGGUUCUGGCUCGCAGUGCUGGCAGCCAGGAGUGUGUCGACAUUUUACUGCAGCACGGAUGCCCAAAUGAACCGGCCUCCUCCUUCACUGUCGCGACGACAGUUGGUUUUACAGCAGCUGCCACACCCAGCUUCCCUGUUGCCAUGACGCCGAGCCUGACGGUUGCUACGACACUCAAGAUCUCGCACAAGAGCGGCGGCGCCAGCUUGAGUUACAGUACCUCUAGAAGAGCAGUGUCGUAAACUGUGUGGUGUGGUCAAUGUGUGUGUGUGUGUGUGUGUGUGUGUGUGUGUGUGUGUGUGUGUGUAGUUUGCCCUCAUACGGUCCUGUACCUUCACACAGGCCUACAGGACUGAUGAACAUGUUGCCAGAUGUUGCACUUCCUGAUGUUUUAAAGGCUGUGUGUGUAUGUCAGGGAUGAAAACACACUGGUAAUAACACAGUCACAUGAGGCUACUAGAAUGAUUUAACCAAAACAAAAAGAUACAUUUUCCUUACUACACUUUCUACGUAAGAUAAAAGGACAUGACGUUACAUUCAGAUGCCUCAUUAGGAAUGUAUUGCACUGUGUACCAGCCGGUAUGAUUCAUAUUUCAUCAUGCAGUCGAUAUUCAACCUUAUUCUCCGCUCAGUUAAGAAUGGGAAUUUGCCUUUGGCUCAAACAGCUUAUCUGAGCAUCUCGGGCCCAGAAGUAAAGAACUGCAAUAAGUUUACGAUUUCAUAGACAGAAGUUAACGCUAAACACAUGAACACUUCUUAACUUUAUUAACAAAGAAUGUCACUUUUAAAUUCAGAGUGCAUAUACUGUGUUAUGCUAAACACAGCCAGUCAUUAAAUAAAAAAUUAAAAUGUUGUCUAAGUAAAAAAAAUACAAACUUGACUGUGGCUGAGAGGUCACUUUAUAGAUAAUUAAAAUAUCUGUAUAGAAAUGCAUUGAUAAAAAUAGAAUUCUAAACAUUUAAAAGUGCUUAAUUUUCAAGAUUGUUAUUGUAUGAUUUGUACAGUUGGUUAUGUGUCAAAUGUAAAAAACUCAAAGGAAUUACUUAUAGCUGUUCAGAAAAAUCCUGUACAGCGUCUUGGUUUGGUUUUUCUUUAACAACCACCUGAUUAACUCUUCGACAUCCAAGACUGAGAUUUCUAUGUUAUGUUUGUAUCACUGUGUGUGACAUGAGCACUGUACAUGAUGUGUGCAUUAUGAAUCCAGCAGCAGGUCAUCAUCAAGGCCAGUGUAAUACUAGAUGUGUAAAUGCCUUGAUUUUGAUUGAAUGUAUACAAAACAGAUGGUAUGAGUUCAUUAUCUCAAACAGUGAUGAUGCAGUAUUGGUGGACUGUUGGGGUGUUUCAUUUUUUUAUUAACUAAUAUUAUUCCAGCUGUGACUAAUAGAAAGUAUGUUUUAAUAGAUUCAAGCUCUGCAAAGGUUCUGAUCUAUAAAACUGGGACUUUGGAUGUUUAUGAAUAUAUUUGUAAGUGGAUAAAAAUCCACAUGAAAUAGAGGAAUGUUGCCCAGUUUUAAAAAAAAAAUGUUUAAAAAAACAACCCUCCUGCAGUACUGUAUGUAAUUUUGUGUUGAUCUAAAGACUCAGCAGAGUGUACAUGUCUGUGAUGUAAGCAUCUCUCCAUUUGUAUUUUUUUACUCAUGCAAUUAUUCAUAGAGCAUUCAUUAUCAAUACACUAAGGCUUCUGCCCAAG